UCUGUGUACUAUAAAACUACACACUGGGCAUUAGGUGCUGUUGUGUAGAUCAGUGUUUCAUCGUUAUGUUUCAUUAUUUUAACACAAAUUAAUUUUGUUUUCAUGUAAGUAUUAUGAGUAUGUAAUUAACAUUUCAAUUUAGCACCAAAAAGUAUAAAUAAUAGAAAUAUACGGUGUAUUGUAAUUUUUUAGACGUUGACAGUCGUUGUCGUAGUAUAAUUUAUUAUUGAAUUAUUGUUAUAGUUAUAGUCACUGUUAUUGUUACUACCACUACUACUACUACUACUACUCAUUGAAACGCAUUCGUUUAGUUAUGUUUCAGUCAUUCAUUUACUGUUGUUAGCUUAUUAUGGCUUAACUAUACUUAAACUUGUUUUACUUAUAUAUUUAUAAUUUACGAAGUGUCUACAUGUCCGGCGAUCGGACGAAUAAUUCUCGAGAUAUUCGUCCGGCGACCAGGAAAGACGAGACGACGUCUCAGCGCUGAUGUGUUUGUUGUUACUGUUGUUGUUUUUUUCCCUAUCAUCAUGGUUUUACUGGUUUUGUUUGUGGCUCGCCAUCGCGUUCAAAUCCAGAGGCUGCAAAUCCCAUGCUCAUGUCUCUACACGGCUACCAAGCACCAGGAGUAGGCGUUUGACACCACAAAAUAUCAGGAAGUGAAAGACACACUAAUAUUGCGCCUGCACACAGUGGCCUAGCUAGAGUUUGUAACAGCUUAGAUCAAUUUUUUUGCCGAUGUCUUACCACGAAAAAAAUCCAAACAAACCUUUACAGCUGACCGGAAAUACCACCUCACAAUAUAAAUGACAAUAUCUAAAUGACAAUAUCUAAAUGAAAAUAUAUAAAUGACAAUAUAUAAAUGACAAUAUCUAAAUGACAAUAUAUAAAUGACAAUAUAUAAAUGACAAAAUAUCGAUGACAAUAUAUAAAUUACAACAUAUAAAUGAUAAUAUAUAAAUGACAAAAUUGCCAUCCGGAAAAGGGACUGCCUCUUUCGUAUCCCAUUCCUACGACACAGCAUGCACACAUGAAUCAUACCACUUGAUUCUCAUGUGAACCGCAGAAAACUAGAUAAAAAACUGACGUGGCCCCCUACCUCUUCAGAUAUCCAACAGAGACAGGUGCACAUCACCUUUUCCGCUGUGGGGGCACUUCAUGACUUACGCCUAAACUACCUACCAAAAAAAAAUCUGACUUUGCCAACACCAGACUACACCAACACCAGACUACACCAACACCGGACAACACCAACGCCAGGCUACACCAACACCAGACUACACCAACGCCAAACUACACCAACACCACAUUACUCCAACGCCUGACUACACCAACACCAGACUACACCAACACCAGACUACAUCAACACCAGACUAUUCCAACACCAGACUACACCAACACCAGGCUACAAUAACACCAGACUACACGAACAACAGACUACACCAUCACCAGACUACACCAACACCAGACUACACCAACACCAGAAUGCACCAUCACCAGACUACACCAUCACCAGACUACACCAUCACCAGACUACACCACCACCAGACUACACCACCACCAGACUAUACCAUCACCAGAAUACACCAUCACCAGAAUACACCGUCACCAUACUACACCAUUAACCAGACUACACCAUCACCAGACUACACCGUCACCAGACUACACCAACACCAGACUACACCAACACCAGACUUCACCAACACCACACUACUACAACACCACACUACACCAACACCACACUACACCAAUGCCAGACUACACCAACACCACACUACACCAACACCAGACUACAUCAACACCAGACUACACCAACACCAGACUACACCAACACCAGACUACACCAACACCAGAUUACACCAACACCAGACUACACCAGCACCAGACUACACCAACGCCAGACUACACCGUCACCAUACUACACCAUUACCAGACUGCACCAUCACCAGACUACACCAACACCAGACUACACCAACACAAGACUACACCAGACUACACCAACACCAGACUUCACCAACACCAGACUACACCAACACCAGACUACACCAAUGUCAGACUACACCAACACCAGACUACACCAAUGUCAGACUACAGCCACACCCUUAACACAAACAAAGAACAGUUGCGGAGAGUGCAUACAUUUUUCACAAUGGCCGCAGGCCAAAGGUACAUGCACAAAUCGCGAAUGGAUUAUGAAUGAUGAUUAUGAUGAUGUGUGUGCAUUUAUCUCAUUAAUACUUCAUGAUGUUGCUGAAUAAUGAACUGGGCAGUGGCCACUAGCGCAGAGAUAUUUUACUUGAGAUGGUGCUUUUGUUCCAAGGUGCCACCAUUGGUCAUGACACAUUUAUUUUCAAAUGCUCCACUCGACUUGUGUAUACAUACUUUCAAACCGUGUCUAUAUAUUUAAUUAGUUUAUUAUUUAGAUACUAGAUGGACAAACGGAACGUCGUUGCGCGUGUAAAAUACUGGAAGAGGUGCAUUGUGUAUAACAGUGGUCGGCAAAUCGUGGCUCGCGAGCCGCAUGCGGCUAUUAAGCGGCCUGAAAUGCGGCUCGGCCAGCCGGCCACAAAUCGGUUAUGACUCCGAAAAACGUGGCCCUUGACAGGUUCUUGAAAAGAAAUUGAGCUCACAAACAUUUUUUCAAUCGUCCUGCUGAUGAUUUUUCACUUUUUUGACUAAUGAGUUUGACGACCACUGGUCAAUAAUAAUGAAAUCAUGUUUGCGCUCCAUACAUCCAUAAAUGCCUAAUUGUUUUGAAUCGGUAGUGACUGGCAACAAUGCUGUUUUCGAUGGCUGGCCUAUAUAUUGCUAUUGAAUCGGUAGUGACUGGCAACAAUGCUCUUUUCGAUGGCUGGCCUAUAUAUUGCUAUUGAAUCGGUAGUGACUGGCAUCAAUGCUCUUUUCGAUGGCUGGCCUAUAUAUUGCUAUUGAAUCGGUAGUGACUGGCAUCAAUGCUCUUUUCGAUGGCUGGCCUAUAUAUUGCUAUUGAAUCGGUAGUGACUGGCAACAAUGCUCUUUUCGAUGGCUGGCCUAUAUAUUGUCAAUCAGAGUACCGAAUCAAUAAGCGUAAGACAUCAAUUACCAUCAUACCUGUUACUACCGUGUGACUUUUGAAAACCUUCCAAUAAACGUACGAAAUAAAUAUGGCAAGUCAAUACCAGACAGAGCUCAGGGCAACAUAAAAGCCAAAAGUCAGUAAGCUUUCGAAAUGUACAGCAGUCACCAUUCGCUUUUCCAUCUCUUAAGCAUAUUCAGUAAAGUUAAAAAAAAAAAAAAUAGAAUAAUGCCAAAGUUCAAGGGAUUUACUAUAAUUUAACCAUGGCUACACAUGAUUACUUAAUAACUCCGUAUGGCGGAGAAAUUCCACUCGGUAAUUGGUAUUAUAGAUAGUUCUGAACAGUCUUGGAUGUUUGUGUCUGUGAAUUGUGUCUGUGUGUGUGUACUUGUGUCUGUGUGUGUGUGAUAUUGACAAUAAUUGAAAACUGAGUUACCAAGGAUCCCAUCAAAACGUAUUAAUAUAAGUGCAUGUUCGUACUGCGACAGAUGUAAUGUGGUAUAUCUACUGAUGUAAUGUAGUAUAUAUACGUAUGCAAUGUAGUAUAUCUACUUAUGUAAUGGUGGAAAUCUACUUAUGUAAUGGUGGAAAUCUACUAAUGUAAUGUAUUAUAUCUACUUAUGUAACGCAGUAUAUCUACUUAUGUAAUGAAGUAUAUCUACUUAUGUAAUGAUAUAUUUAUGUCAUAUGAUAGGUAUAUUUUCGGAUGUGAUGUAGUUUGGCAUGCUGGGAUGAAUCGCCGAUUCACCAAUCAAUAGCUAAAAUGGGGUCGGGGGGGGGGGGGCAAAAUUUUUUUAGUAUUGUUUUAUUGUAAUGAUAUAUUUAUGUCAUAUGAUAGGUAUAUUUUCGGAUGUGAUGUAGUUUGGCAUGCUGGGAUGAAUCGCCGAUUCACCAAUCAAUAGCUAAAAUGGGGUCGGGGGGGGGGGGCGACGACGACCUGUGCUUAAUGUGCCCUUAACGCUGCCACUUCACACACCUCUUGCUUCUUCAAACGUUUGAUUCUGGCAUCAUUUCAGUGACGUCACUAGGCUUACUGUCCCCUCUCGACGGGUUUUUUUCCAACCCUCUUCCACGAUAAAACCCCCCUCUUCAUUGGGCUGAAACUGCCGCCCCUAUAUUUAAGUACAAAGUAACGCCCUGGUUCAGCAAGCCCUCUUCCACGAUACCCCCCUCUUCAUUGGGCUGAAAAUGCCGCCCCUAUAUUUAAGUACAAAGUAACGCCCUGGUUCAGCAAGCCCUCUUCCACGAUAACCCCCCGCCCCUCUCUUCAUUGGGCUGAAAAUGCCGCCCCUAUAUUUAAGUACAAAGUAACGCACGGGUCAGCCAGCCCUCUUCCACCAACCUUUCUACGCCCCUGCAUUGUUUUGUCAUGGUUUGGUUUUCUUUAAACACUCACUUUACGUCAACUAAGACAUUGAGCGUUUCACGACAAUGACCAGCGCCUUGCAAUAACAAAUUUACAUUGAGCAUUUCACGGCAAUGACAAGCGCCUUGCAAUAACAAAUUUACAUUGAGCAUUUCACGGCAAUGACCAGCGCCUUGCAAGAACAAAUUUACCCCCCCCCCCCCCAAAAAAAAAAAAAAAGCUCUAAAAGAUAAAAAAAAACAACAAUGUUGAAACACCAAUCGUGUUCGUUGCUGUAAAUAGAAACCACCACAACUAGCCUUCCCCGUUUGAUAGAACUCACAUUUUGUCCUCCCGAUAUGGGCAGGUCACCAAAUAGGCUUCCUGCCACUUAGAGGGACUGCAUUAAUCACCACCCCCUGGCCCGUAGUAGAUCCCAAUUGAAACGACGUUGUAAUGGGUCACUUCCACGCUCUGUUUCACGUCAUUACGGCCUUUUAAACCGACCGUUUUCCACGCCUGCCCGCGUGAGUUACCACGUGACUAUAAUUAAUUUACUUGUUGUUUUUUUUUCCCCCCAACGGUUUAAAGGAUUAGCUCGAUAGUGGCACCAGUCCCCUUGUCUUACGUUGCCGGUCCACGAGCCAUACGUUGCCGGUCCUCGAGCCUUACAUUUCCGGUCCCCGAGCCUUACGUUGCCGUUCCUCGAGCCUUACAUUUCCGGUCCAAGAGCCUUACGUUUUCGGUCUCCGAGCCUUACGUUGCCGGUCCUGGAGCCAUACGUUGCCGGUCCCCGAGCCUUACGUUGCCGGUCCUCGAGCCUUACAUUUUCCGGUCCAAGAGACUUACGUUUUCCAUUUCCGAGCCAUACGCUGCCGGUCCCCGAGCCUUACGUUGCCGGUCCUCGAGCCUUACAUUUCCGGUCCAAGAGAAUUACGUUGCCGGACUCCGAGCCUUACGUUGCCGGUCCCGGAGCCUUACGUUGCCGGUCCACAGAACAUGAGUUAAAACAUUGGAUAAAACUAAAAGUGAAAUAAAGCCGUUCAAAAAGGUCAAACUACAAAUAGAGUUUUUCAUCCAUUUUAUUGCAAGCUUAUUACAUAAUGAAUUUAAAUAUUUAAAAGCCAGUUUAGCGAUCACGAUAGGGAACUUGUGAAUCUCAAACAUUUAGUUUGAGAUAUUAGAGGGUAUUUGGACCGAAAAAUCCUGUGGAAAUGACUCCGACCCAGGAAUACUAGUCAGGAUCAUUCAGAGUUCUAAUGAAGAAAUGACAUGCAGGGUGGUACACCAAGGAAGACUCACAGGUGCCUUUUUUAAGUGGAAGCAUGAGUCAGACAAGGAUGUCUCUUGUCCCUCUUUCUAUUCAUUCUUGCCAUUGACAGGAAAAUGACAAAAGUCCACAGACAAAAAGAGGAACGAGAUCCAGUGGACACCCUGGGAACAACUGAAAGACCUACACUUUGCAGAUGACAUUGCUUUUCUGUCUCACAGUCAGCAACAAGAAAAUGGAAAGUCUAAAGACGUAGCCACCAUUUCAGCACAGCUUGGACUCAAUAUAAAUAAAAACAAGACAAACAUCAUGAAGUUGAACUCGGCCAACGAAGAGCAUAUCUCUCCGGCAGGAAAUGUGCUGGAAGAAGUGAAGGCCUUCACAUACCUCGGCAGCAACCUUGACAUAAAUAGUGGAUCACAAGCUGAUUUCAGGGCGAGAAUUGUAAAGGCUAGGUCAGCAUUUGUGCUAUUAAAGAAAAUAUUGGAGUCAGAAGAGCUGACUCUGGAAACCAAGGUCAGGAUUUUCAACACAAAGGGGCAGACACACUAACUGUUGGAAACACCUCGACGCAAAAGGUAUAGAAAGCAAAGAACUGAGAUAAAUGGAGAAUUCUUGUAGACGGCAUAUGCCCCAGACGGGGUAAAAGGCAUGAGUAAGUGAGGAAGCAUCACACAAUGAAUUUAAAUAUCCUAAAAGCCAGUGUAGAUAUCAGUGUAGAUAGGGAACCAGUGACUCUCAAACAUUUAGUUAUUAAAAUUAGAAUGUAUUCGCUUUUAGUGACUGCUUCCACUGAAAUUGUUGUUUUUUUUUAGCGUAGUUUCAAAGUUAUCAAGAGUCAUAUCUGGCAAGAAUUAUGUGGCUAUGUUUAGCAAAACGAUUAAAUGAUUGCAAACAUUGACCUUAUCGAGGGCUGCCUCACAUUUUGGGACAUUGGCCCUGAAACGUAUCUGUAUGAAAAACUCAAAUUAAGCUAUAUUCCCGUAAUAGGCCGUGGCUAAACUCAAUCGGCCGUGAAUACAGGAAACUUAAUCGACCGUGAAGUCAGGAAACUCUUUUGGAAGUUCAUAAUCGGUUUGAAAAGCUGGACUCGUGUGAAGCUAAAAAAAGUGUGUGUGUGUGGGGGGGGGGGGUUUACGGGAGAUACACGUUAAAAAAUAAAUUAAAAGGACCUAACUCAUGGCUAUAACAUUAAGCUAAGUUUUUUUUUUUUUUUUUUUUUUUUUUUUUUUUUUUUUUCUUUAAUUAUUUUUGUUUUUCAGUGUGAUGCAAAAGUAAUUACAAUACCCCGAUGGACACAUCACUUUUUAUGUAUUUACCGUCUAAGCUAGACGCUUGAAUUUAUAUCAUGAUAUAAAAGAAGAUAAUGGUUGUUUUUUUUUCAGCUAUGUUCAAAGUCAAAGCGUAAUAUCAAAUUAUAAGUGAAAAUAAAAUGUUAUGGGCGUCUUUAAAAAUCGCUUCUUUGGUUAGGACUUGGAUAGCAGUUGUUUUGACAUCUGUAUACAGUGAUUUGGCUGCCUCGUAGAUCACGUAACGUGAUGCUAACCUGGUCUAUUUUAACAAAUGUUUGAAAUGGAUUUAAUUCUAUAUUAAGACAUUAACUAUUAAUUCUAUUUGUUGGGCAGUCCGCAUCUAGAUAUGUAUUUUUGUCUUUGUUCAACUUGUGCCAGACCGUAUUUUUUUAUUUAUUUAUUUUUUUUUUAAAAUUUGAAGCACGUUAUAACUAAGCAGUUAAAAAUAAAAUGGGACACAUAGUUAUUUUUCGGCAUUUUUCUGUAAAUAAAAAAAAAAUAUGUAACUUUUUUCUGAAAUUUAAAACCUAUCGCUUUCUCUUAAAACAAUAAUAUCAACAUUUGUUUUUUUUAAUAGGAAAAAUGAGUCUACAGCCCCCCCCACCCCCAACCCCCGGCCCUGAUUUUUUCCCUAUUCUCAUUGAAGAAGUUUGAAACAUGUCCUAUUGGAUUGAAACUCACAGGGAUCCUAUACAAUGAUCAGGGGGCUGGCAAGGUGGGAGAGUCCUCAUUUUUUUAAAGGUCAUUGACCCUAAGUUUUAUCACCCCCCCCCCCCCCCCCCCCCGCCCAAGUUAUGUUUUUUUUUUUUUGUUUUUUUUUUUUUUUUUUUAAAUAGGUGGGUGGGGGUCGUCGACAGAAAAUACGGCGUCAUAUAACAAUAAUCAAUUGGACCCUCACGUUGUAUCCACUCGAAACCACAAGGCGACCGCUUUUGUUUGUGGUGUUUCAACACUUGACAGAAAGCCCCUCUAUAAUGUGGUUCAAACGUUUGGCGCUAAUUGCUAUGAGAACCCCAGAACUCGUUAUGUUAACGGCUCAUCCGUCACGGGGUAUGUAGGGAUGAAUCGGCGAGAUAGCGGGUCUGAAUAAAGAAGUCAUCACGCCGACUCUGAACUCGACAAUUACAUUGACUUUGACAGAUGAAGCCACACGAGCGUAGAAGUGCAUCUGUGCAGCUGGACGUACGGGAAAUGAGCACACAUCACAUUACAGCUAACCAUGUACAUUUUGGUAGUGAAAUACGAGUGUUAUUAUCCACGCAAAACAAGAGGCCUCAUGCCGGGAAGGGUUUUGUUCAAAAUAUGUACGUAGGAGACCGUGUGACAUCUGUAUUCCUCUGGUAUGUUCAGAAGUCCAAAAGGGAUGUUGAUAAGUUAUCAAGCCUACGGAGUCGAAGCCGUGUCCAUGUGAAUACCGGAGGCCCAUAUUUAUCUUCCUUCCGAUAAACGUAUUAUUUAAUGGGUGCUGGGUGGCCGAUUGGUUUAAACUGGGUCAAUACGAAGCCUGUGUUCUGGAGUUACAUCACAGUAUAGACAAGCAAAAACAGCAAAUGCGCUCUGGGGUAGGUGGCACUCGUUAACCUUGGCCGGCAAGCCAUCUAAGGGAAGGCAAACUCAAAACAAACCAGGAGAUGGAGUCCCGUAGGCGGUAAUACACAAUACAACUUCCGACAACUCCUGCUUAAGAGCACUCAGAGAUACAAAAUACACUGCUGGUCAUCCAUUGCAUCCUGGUCUGCCGCCAGUCGUCUUGACUAAGUUUUGCCAUUGGAACAACUAGGCAAGGGCUAGAGAGUUAGGCGGAUGAAUGGAGGCUACUACCCAAGUCAAGGCUUCUACCCAAGUCAAGGCUACUACCCAAGUCAAGGCUUCUACCCAAGUCAAGGCUACUACCCAAGUCAAGGCUUCUAUCCAAGUCAAGGCUACUACCCAAGUCAAGGUUACUACCCAAGUCAAGGCUACUACUCAAGUCAAGGCUACUACCCAAGUCAAGGCUACUACCCAAGUCAAGGUUACUACCCAAGUCAAGGCUACUACCCAAGUCAAGGCUACUACCCAAGUCAAGGCUACUACUCAAGUCAAGGCUUCUACUCAAGUCAAGGCUACUACUCAAAUCGAGGCUUCUACUCAAGUAAAGGCUACUACCCAAGUCAAGGCUAUUACCGAAGUCAAGGCUACUACUCAAGUCAAGGCUGCUACUCAAGUCAAGGCAACUACUGAAAUCAAGGCUACUAAAAAAGUGAAAGCAACUACUCAAGUCAAGGGUACUAAACAAGUCAAGGCUACUAAACAAAUCGCAACCUUGGUGAUCUUCGCAUGCGAAGGACGAACAGUAAUACUUAUUAUAUUUAUAUUUUGGAUACACUGUGCUUGAUCAUCAAGCUAUUUAUUUAUUUUUUUAGGCAUUUUUAUAUAGCGCUUACCUUAAAGCUCUAAGCGCUUUACAAUUAUUAAAAACAUGUAAACUAAGUAAAAUAAAAAUGAGACACUAGGAUAGUAACUACUAUACUAUAGAAAUAAUUAAAAUGGCUAUAAACCAUGACACUUUGGCACGUUUUGGCCUAAACUAUAAGUAUGACAUAGUUACUAAUCCUUAGGCAUCGUUCCAAAUACUUAAAAUAGUUUAAGCGAUUUUCGAUCAGUUCAACACCUUCCGGUCUAGACGUAUAUUGAGUAGUGUUGUGAAGGGAGCGUGUGUGUAUAUAAAGUACUCUAGGCUCCGGAGUGGGUGAGGGGGGUCUAAGAAAGUAUGACAGUUUCUGACACGACGAGGCGGGGUAAAAAUUGUUAUCAUACUUAAACCUGAAAUUGAUGCCGGUGCUCAACUUUGUGUUGUUGACGGAUGAAUUUCGGUAGAAGAAUUUAAUAGUUUAAUAGUGAAAUAUGUUUUAGAUUAAAUUUUUUUAAAUAUUUUAAUUUUGGAACAGUUGUUUUAGUUCGACGGUGCGGCGUACUUUUGGGAGAAGGUUGGGUCUCAGAUUGGUAACCAAAAGGAAUGAGGUGGUGAAAAUGUUAAAAAAAAUAGCGUGACUUUCUUUAUGGACGAACCCCUUGACUCCUCAAGGAAUGAGGUGGUGAAAAUGUUCAAAAAAAUAGCGUGACUUUCUUUAUGGACGAACCCCUUGACUCCUCCCUGCUUAUGUUAGUGUGCAUGUUUUCCUCAUGUAUUUACACACAUGUUUUUUUUUCCCUCCACUUGUAUAGGUACCGGUAUCGAGUUCAGAGAUAUCAUACGAUGCUACAGAUUUGGUGAUUGAAGGAUAAACUCCGUUUACGAUAUUUAGUGAGAGCUGAUAGUCGACUGUGUUCAUUUCUUCUGUAUGUGGAGGCGAUUACUUCGUAAGUUCUAGGGAUUGUUAUUGCUGUUUAUACUUUCUCGUGCAGCUUAAAUUAGAUUUUGCCUUUAUUGAAUGAUGUUAAAUUAAAUUGACCAUUGGAAAUCCAUUGGAUUACUUGAAAAGAACGUUUAUAUUAGUUAUUAAAUAAAGAAAAAAACUAGUUUUGAUGUCAAAGUUCAAGGGAUUUAAUGUAAUUCACAUAAUAACUCCGUAGGGUGGACAAAUUCCACUCGGGUUUAAGUAUAAGAGAUGGGUCUGAACAGUCAUGGAUGUUUGUUGAUGUUUGUAGAUUAUCAGACAGUAUUAAUUUUUUUUAAAAAUAUUAUACUCGCAAAUCCAUUGUGGGUUUGAACAUUUUUAGAAAAUUUUUUGUUGUUGUCACAUGUGACCCUCUCGCUCUGUCGAUCCAGUCUGCCCCGUGCUGACCUGCAAGGUCGCAUCUGAGACGAUGACACUAAGUUACACCCACUGUAUGCUUGGAAGACGGAGGGUGGGAUUGGGGUGGUGAGUGAGGAGGAAAUAAGAAGAGGGGAUUAGAAACAAUAAUCUCACCCUGUCUCUUCCAAUAACCAACGGCCGUGACUGUAGGAUUUGUGGGGUGGGAUGAGGGGAGGAGGACUUGGGUCAGUGCAUUUUGAGAUCGAGUCUCUGAUCAACGGACACAAGCGACAAGGGACUAUAAAUCGCCCCAGUCGUUAAAAUCGACUUUUUAGCUUAUGCCUGGGAAUAGAGCUAAGACACUAUAGCCAGGAUUUUGUAAGCAUUCGUUAUUUUUAAAAUUAUAUUUGUUCGAUAAUUGACAGACUUAAAUUUGUAUACUUAAGAAGUAGAAAAUAAAUAAAUAAAUUUAUAUCUAUUUAUAUUAUAAACGCUUAAAAAAAAAAAAAAAAAAAACUUCUUUCUAAGACAAGUUUAAUAGAAUUAAAAAAAUAUAUAUAUAUUUAUUUUCAUAAUAAUUACUACGCAAAGAAAGUCUAUGCAGAAAAUAUAUAAAAAAUAACAACAACGAAAACAACAUAUUUAAGUUUCUUCUACAAUGAAUAUAAAUCCUUUGACUUUGCAGACUGCCCUACUACCAAAUCUCUCCCAAUCACAGUUGAUCCCGUAAAUAAAUACAGCUGUGAUGGUUACCUAAUCCUAUGCUUACAAUUGGAAACAAAUAGCAAUCAGAAAACAUGAUUAAACAAACAAAAAAAGCCAAGAAAACCAUCAGUUUUGUCUUCAUUUAAAAAUAAGUCAGUGAAUCGAUAGAAAGAAAAUCACUCCAGGAGGGAAAAUAGGAAGUCUUUUCGUUGAAACAAUUUCCGGUCCCUGUUUGAAUCACGGACUAAUAGCUGAGACGGUCCACCUGGCUGGUGGCACAAAAAAGAGGUUUUAAAAUAAGUGUGCUAACACACUGAGAGCCGUGUUCGUGUUUGGUGGCGUCUGAUGGCUAACCAGAGACCAUUGUUUGAUAGGUCGCAUGGACGCAUGGGUUAGCAAAGACACUUGGGCUAGCAAAGACGCAUGGUUUAGCAAAGACAAUUGGGCUAGCAAAGACACAUGGGUUAGCAAAGACGCAUGGGUUAGCAAAGAUACAUGGGUUUGCAAAGACACUUGGGCUAGCAAAGACACACGAUUUAACAAAGACACAUAGGUUAGCAAAGACACGUGGGCUAGCAAAGACACUUGGGCUAGCAAAGACACUUGGGCUAGCAAAGACACAUGGGCUAGCAAAGACAAUUGGGCUAGCAAAGACACAUGGGUUAGCAAAGACGCAUGGGUUAGCAAAGACACUUGGGCUAGCAAAGACACUUGGGCUAGCAAAGACGCAUGGGUUAGAAAAGACAAUUGGGCUAGCAAAGACGCAUGGGUUAGCAAAGACACUUGGGCUAGCAAAGACGCAUGGGUUAGCAAAGACACUUGGGCUAGCAAAGACGCAUGGGUUAGCAAAGACACAUGGGUUAGCAAAGACAAUUGGGCUAUCAAAGACGCAUGGGCUAGCAAAGACACAUGGGUUAGCAAAGACACUUGGGCUAGCAGAGACGGACGGGUUAGCAAAGACGCGCGAGUUAGCAAAGACGCAUAUGAUAGCAAAGGCUAUUGUUGUGUUAAUACCUAUUAACUGAUUUUGUCUUUCAGACACAGCCAUGCAGGAGACGCUAUCAGGCCGAGCCCAAGACAUGUUACAGAAAGGCACAUUUAUCGGGCCAUAUUUCAGUCUGGUCAGGAACAAUCGUUAUCAUCCGUUGGACAAUCCAAAGGUUAUUGGUGCUUUUUCUUUUCAAUGUAUAAUAUUUUUAAAAAAUAGCUACUUUAAAAAAUAAAAAAAAACUACAAUAAGAGAGAAUAUUGGAAAUGAUAUAUUUUCUAUGAAAUAAAACAACUCUUGCAAUGCCGAAAAUAUAGAAACAAAGCUACUCUAUUGAAAGACUAAUAUAUUUCUGGCUAUAAUGAAACGACACAUUUUUACGAAAUUUUGCCAUACCUGGACCAGUGGUUCCCAACUUUUUUUUUACUCGUGGAGCUUUUUUUUAGAAAGAGUUUUAAUACUGGGACCCCUUAGUCCUGCCGUAUAUUUUACAAGUUAAUAAUGUGCAGGGCGUGAGGAGGGAGCUGCUCAUGGAGCCCCUGAGAUGUGCAAGCGAUGAAGCAUAGCCAUUUGGGCUCCACGGAGCACAGGCUGGGAACCAAUGUUGAAUCAAUGUUCUAGAUAAACAUAAUGUAAAAAUGUUGCCCUGCUCAACAAGUUCCGUACCAAUCAGGCUGAGUAAAUUGAUUGGGCUCGACAGAUUUUUGUGUUUUUUUGUUGUUGUUUUUUUGAAGUCAGCAAUUGAUGUUCUAAUUAUAGUUGCAGCUCGUGAAUUAUUUACAUUCGUCAAGUUGAUUACCUAAGCACAUCAAAAGGCUUGUUAUUUAUGGUCAAGGUUUGGCCAUUUUUCAGUUGAAUGUUGCGUGUUUAUAGUCAAUGUGUUUAGGCACUCGGUUCAGUUGAACUGGCUGUUUUUAGUCAAGGCUAGGCACCCAGUUCAGUUGAACUGUCUGUUAAUUGGUUAAGUAUCCCUCUUAUAUCUUCAAGACUUUAACAUAUUAAAUCGACUGGUGAACUUAUAGUGAACUUGUUAAAAUUAUAAUUUAACAACUAGGGUGAUAUUAAGGGUUCAUAGGUGAUAAAAUAUUAAAAUAUAAGGCUAUAAGAACCCAGUGACAAUUGUAGGAACAAAAAAUAAUCGAAAGGGCAUAAACAAGUUGGUAGUAAUUUUAGGGAUGUGUCUGUGUGUUGGGGGGGGGGGGGGAAGGGGUACACAUAAGAUAAGGGUCUCACUCCUGACAAAUGGAUAGUAAAUUAAUUAGGAUAUUUAUUGAUAACGGGUCAAAUAAUCAUAUAGUGGAUUUUAUUUGAAUCUUAUGGUCCGUCAUUUGGGGGGGGGGGGUGAAGGGGUACACAUAAGAUAAGGGUCUCACUCCUGACAAAUGGAUAGUAAAUUACUUAGGAUAUUUAUUGAUAACGGGUCAAAUAAUCAUAUAGUGGAUUUUAUUUGAAUCUUAGUGUCAGUCAUUGAAUGACUUAUUCUGUAUAAUAUUUUGCCAAUGCAGCAACGAUUUACCGAGAUGCUAUGUUAUUAAUUAGAAGAUGUGCAAACAUAACAAAGUUAUACGUGACACGAUCACCUCUGAUUGCAGGGCAUAGCUGAUCUUGGUCUGGCCGAGAACAAGCUGUGUGAUGACUUGUGGGAGGAAAAGGUAGGAAAGUUCUCAAAGUUGCAUAGACGUUAAAAAAUGGAAUUGAUCUAAUCGGUAAUGGCCAUGGUGUUUUAGAAUUGCAAUUGAGAAUAUAAUCAUGUAUUUAUAAAGUAGAUGUCUUUAUAAAUGGCAUAUCUGCCUGUGAUCGGUAUAUUCACAGUUUAAUAUUGAAAUAUUUUUGGCAAAAAAGAGAACAAAAAAACAAUGAAUUUAAAAUAUAAAUCUUGUUUUAUUGUUGCCCCUGGUUACCAUUUCUAUAUUUAGAUAAAAUCUGUAGCACAAGAGCCUGAGGGUCAUCACUUGCUGCAUUAUGAAAAGGCAAGCGGCAAUAUUGAGUGAGAAGCUGUUUUGUUUGUGCCUGUGAUGUUGAAAUUAGCUCUAAAUGUUGCCAUAAUCAGCGAAUAAAUAUUUUUAAUGAACUAUUGACCUUUUUUGAACAUGAGUUUAGUUACUAAAUAUAAUGAAACAUAUCAAGUGACAACAUUUUUUACUAUCAAAAUAAAGUGUAAUAGUAGAAUACAUUAGCAAAAUUUUCUAAUAUACUAAAAUAAAGUUUAAAUAGCAGACUACACUGACAAAGUUUUUGAAUCUUCUAAAAUAAAAUUGUAAAUAUCAGUCUACAUGGACAUAAUUUUUGUCAAUACUCAAAUACAGUUUAAAUAGAUAAGAUAAGAUAAGAUUCUUUUAUUGAUCCAAAUAAAUGGAAAUCUUUUUUGAUUGCAUUAUACAUUUUCAGCACAAAAAUAAAACAAUUUGAACACAAGACAUUUAUAAUAAAUUAUUUCAAACAGCCAUUCAGUGAGUUCUCUUAGCGAAAUCGGGGACUUAUUAGUUCUCAUUCAGAUGUGUGACGUCAGAGGAAGCACGCUGGUAAAUUUGUACAGAUUGGGGAACAAAAGAAUUUUUAAAUCUGUCAGUCCUCGCCCUGAUCGAAAGAAUUCAUCCUGAACGGGCCGAUAUUAAGUAUCUGUGAUGAAGAGGGUGGGAUGUAUCAUCCAAAAUGUGUUUAGUUUUACAAAAACAUCUUUCUUCAAAUAGUUCUUCUAGUGAAGGAUGUUUAGUUUGUGUUAUGUUCCUAGCUUUCUUGAUUAGUCUGUUUAUGUGGUGUUUAAUAUCAGACAUUGAUUUCCCACACCUCAGGUAAUACUGAAAUUAAGCUGGCUUCCAAUAGUUGCACUGUAGAUUAAGUUAACGACUUGCUUGUUUACGCCGAAAUUGUACAGUUUUUUGAGGUAGAACAGUCUUUAGUUGAAUACAGCAUUUUGCCAUGCUCAUGCCAUGUUAGCUUAUUAUUAAUGGUGACACCUAAGUUCUUGUAUGCCUCCCCUUUCUCUACAUUAUGAUUUUUUUAUGUUGAGAUCUGUAAUCUGGUGUUUCCCCCUCAUGAAAUCAACUACCAUUUCUUUCGUUUUUGAGACAUUCAACUGGAGAACAUUUUCAUUGCACCAAUUGAUCGUGGGCCCUUAAGAUAUAGAAGAAGAAGAAGAAGAAGAAGAAGACUAAGUUGCGGUAUAGGCUGUCUCCUUCAGAUAUUAAGCCAACAAUGGUGGUAUCAUCAGCAAAUUUUAAGAUUGGAACGGUGUCGCUUGAACUUUGAUUAUCAUAUGUAUAUAUUGUAUACAGUACAGGAGAGAGAACGCAGCCUUGUGGUGCCCUGGUGCUUAUUUCUCUAGUUGGAGAUACUUGGUUAUUUACUUUGACAUAUUGUGGUUGAUUUGUUAAAAAGUUCAGUAUCCAAGCAUGAAUAUUUAAAUUGACACCUAACGAGGAAAGUUUCUUGACCAUAAGGUAUAUAAAUAGCAGACUACAUUGACAUCAUUUUUGAAUAUCUAAAAUAACAGUUUAAAUAGCAGACUAUACUGACAAAAUUUUUUAAUAUAGGCCUACUCAAAUAAAGUUUAAAUACUAGACUACAUUGACAAAGUUUUUGAAUAUACUAAAAUAAAGUUUAAAUAAUAGACUAUGUUGACAAAAUUUUUGAAUAUACUAAAAUAAUGUUUAAAUAGCAGACUACGUUGUCAAAAUUUUUGAAUGUACUAAAUAAAGUUUAAACAGCAGACUACAUUGACAAAAUUUUUGAGGAUACUAAAAGAAAUUUUAAAUAGCAGACUACAUUGACAAAAGAACACACAUCCAGAGUUCAAAUAAACCUAGCCUCUCCACUUUUUUGCUCUUCCAAACCCAAGACAACUAACCUUCAAUUACUUAUAAACUGGUAAGUCUUAAAUAAGUGCAAAAAUAUCUUUUUUUUUUUUUCAUUUAUUUAUAAUUAUGAAAAUAACAUUUUUUUUUAUCAUGUGUUAUUUUGUUUUAAUUCUAUUUAAGGUUCAAGAAGACAUUGAAAACAUUUAUUGAAAGUCGAUUUCAAGCAAAAGAGGAGCUCAACAUUGAUAGCGUAAUGUCAUUUAUAAGCGUCUAAUCAUUUUAUUCUGACCACCAAUUGCAUGGGAUGGAUAGGCUCUAACUCUAAGUGUAUUAGUCCAAUGGUUUUUGCAUGGUUUAAAAAAAAAAAAAUCUCAUAAAUUUCACCAUUAACUUUCAGCUAAAACUUAUUAAUUUUAUGUUUUAUUUAUGUGACUAACACAAUUUUCACAUGUCACAGAAAGAGUGAGCAAACAUAGGCUUGCCGUUAGAUUCUCUAGAGUUGUGCUUAAUAAUGAAGAGAAAGAAUAGUAAAAAUCAAAUAUUUAAUUUCACUCUUAACACAAAUUUGCUCAAUAUCCAAAUUCGUUAUUCUAAUUUGAAGACUUUUAAAAUAAUAAUUUUAAACAUCUCUUUCUUUGCUGGGCUCUCUCAUUUUAUUGCUUUAUAUUGCGUUUAACCAAAAACUUCAGUGUAGUGUUUGGAAAUAACAUUUAUGGUGUUGACAAUUUGCUUUAUUUUGUUAUAGAUAUUUGUAACCAAUGGUGUCACAGUAGUCUUAGAAGCUUUGUCCAUUGCAUUGGCUGAUCCUGGUGGUCAGUAUUAUUUUAUAUAUGUUUUUCUUUGUAAGAGUGUUUAUUUGUAUGCUGAAAAUGAAUGUGUGGGAUGCAAUUGAAAAGAAAAAAAAGUACUUUUAUUUUUAUGAAUAAAUGAAUCUUUUCUUAUAUUUAUAUUUUUAAAAUAAGUUAUAGUAAUUGGCUUCUUUGUUUGACUUAACCUGUGUUAAUUUUUUUUUUUUAUUCAAUUCAUAAUUUAUUUAAUUGUUACAAGAACUUACAGCUAUUAAGUUGAUGCAUUCCAGACCACAUCAUGGUAACCACUCCAUAUUACUACCGCAUACGUAAUGAUGUUUAUGAACGUCCAAGUGUUAAUGUGCUGGAGGUUCCUUUAGGCUGUGACGUAAGUAUGUCAAAAUGUUUAUAAGUUACUAGCUAUAGCACACCAUACAAUGGCGGAGGGCAAAGCGUGAACUGACAAUCCAACUAAAGCUACUUGAGAAAACAUGGAUUCAAGUAACGCUCUUUAUUAAAAUGCAGCAAUUAGUGGUAACUUCUGGGAAUUUUACUUUGUGCAUCUAUUGAACACAGUGUUAUUGUCAUUACAUACCUAGAGAUUUAGUUGUGAUUAGUUUUCCUUUAUUUUCUUUUAGUCUACAUAUGACAUUUUUUGUAACAUUGAUUUUUAAAAAAGUGAUAAAGAUAAAUGCCGGUCAUAUAUCCACAGAUCAAUUCAAGAACCCUUGGACAGAGCUUUGUUAAUGACAUAGAAGCAGUUUAUCAAUCAGCAGUGGAUGAGGUAAUGACAUACACUCUUUUUCACUCUGCCCUGUUGAGGGUUUAUAGCUGGUUAGAUGGAAUGAUGCUCUACAUCCUAAUGAUUUACAAAUUUUGCACAGUAGAAACUUUAAAAAUUUAUAAAUCGACAACUUUCUGAGGACAUGGACAAACAAUUGCUUUUAUAUUUAUGUCAAUGUUUAUUUUCUUCUUUAACAUCUCUGGUUAAUGUAGAUGUUCAUCUAAAAGCCUUAUGCAUUCGUAAACAUUUAGUUAUUUUAGCUAUUUUCUGUAAAAUUUCAUGAUUUAUAGAAAGACUUACUAUUACUACUCAUCUGAGGUCAUUCUUGCCCUUCCCUUUCCUUGUGGUGGCAACCAGUUUGAUUUGUUUUCCCCCAAACAAUACACAUCUCUUGUAGAAAUAGGACAUACACUCCAGAGGGCACACUGUAAAGUUUUUUUUUUCCCUGUGUCUCUUUAGAUUUACUCAUUCCUUAAAUAAAUGUGGCAGUUGAUCCCCAAUAUUCUUUCUCAGGAAACUUUGAUCAAAUACAAUCAGUGUCAGGGCUUCAUCGAUUUCCAUGUUUCAUUUACACGAAUCUCUUUUGGUGUGACCAUGCUAACUUACAGGUGGAAUUACUUCUAUUUGAUAUAUAAUACCUAUCAUAAUUACUAGCCAGAUUGAGCAAAACCUUUCAAUGUAUAACUUGCCGUUCCUAAUCCUGUAAAUCUAUUUAAAUGAAUGUCUAAACUGUGUGAAUAAAUGCACUGACUUUUUCAAAAUCUUUCCACAGACUGCUUUAUUUACUAACGUGAUGCACACUCUAUUUCAUAUCAUGGUCUUCUCAUCCACCAGGGAAAGCUGGUUAAAGCUGUGAUGAUCAUUAACCCAGACAAUCCCACUGGUGGUGUACUAACAGAGUCACAACUAACAGAUGUAUUACAGUUUGCUCACAGGUGCGACUAAUAAACUGUUUCGUACAUUUGUGUGUAUAUUGUACGUUUAUUUUUUUCGUACAAAUCAUUAUUUCCAAAAAUAUUAAUAUAUAAGUGUUUACUACUGACACUUUAUAAUUUGAAGUAGCCAUUCUUUUUUGAAGGUAAGGUUAUGUGAUUUAAUUUUUGGUACAUAUGCCAUUGUGAGUAAAAAAAUUUCAUCUGACAAUAUCAUUACUUCUCCAGGCACCAGCUUCAUGUUAUAGCAAAUGAGAUCUACGGACUUUCAGUUUUCCAUCCAGAUGUUAAGUUCACUAGCAUCUUAUCUCUAGUACAUCCUGAUCCUGACAAGGUUCAUUUCACUUGGGGCGUCAGCAAGGUAAGUAAUCAUCAUUUUUUUUUAAAAUGAUAUUUUCUCUAAGAAAUGUUGUGAAUUACUAUCUACAGUCAAAAUUUUAAAAAAAUAUCCUUAACUCUAAGAAAUGUUGUCACAAUUAAAAACAAAUACCAAAAAGCAGCACCACAGUUAGGUUUAAUUUCUGACCAUCACCCAGCAUGGAACAGAGUAGAACGUAGGGACAAAUAACUACGAAUUUGAUGCAUUUUCUCAGCUUAUAGUUUAACAACAUUUUUGUAAUGCCUUUCAAAAUGUAUCUUUCAAAGUCUUUCCAAGCAUGUCUUACUUACUUCUUUUCUUUGAUGGCCUGCAGUCUAUUGCAGUUUUAGCACUACAGUUGUUGGAUGUGGCCUAAGUUUCCUCUACUAGCUAUUUCCAUUAACAUUUUCCUAAUUCAUCUCAGGAACUUUUUGUUCUUUAAGUGAUCAUGUAUAAAAAUUAUUUUAAAAUCCUCUAUAACCCAAUGCACCUACUGAAUGUUUGUGGCAAAAAUAUCUCAAAUUUUAAAAAUUUAGUUCAUUGCUUUAAUAACUAAUUUAGAAAAUUUGUCAUUUCAUGCUUAUAAUUUUAUUUCCUUCAUUAAAAUGUAAUUUGUUUUUUCUCUACAGGAUUUUGGUCUCUCAGGCUAUCGUUGUGGUGUGUUCUAUACUAAAAAUGAAGCAUUGACUAAAUAUUUUGGUUUGACAAGUAUUUACUUUAGAGCUGCUGGACUUAUACAGCACAGGCUUAAAUCUAUUUUAGAUGACACAGGUAACGAAUCAAGCAGUUAACAUUAGCUUCAAAUUUUGUGCACAGUUGUUUUAUCGAGGUAUAUCUUCAAAGACAAUUUGUGGAAAUAUACAUUCAGAUAAUUUUUGUGAAUUUAGUUGUUACUGGCAAUAGAAAAAAUUGUUCAUAUUUCAUUUGAAAGUUUAUUGGAAUUGUAUAGAAAAUAUUUUCCACUCCAGUUUGUUCAACCCUUGGUACCAUAAUAGGAAUAAUUUAAUUUGAUUUUAUGCAUAUUUUCACUGCACAAUAAUGAACAAGAUAUACUUAUAUUUUUACGGCAGUAGGCUUAUAUUCAUAAAUGUCCAGACACUAAUCCUCGUAAAAGCUUGGAAUAAUAAAUUUUUUUUUUAAUCAUUUGUGUUAAAAAACUUACAAUUUCAAAUCUUGCACGACUAGAGUGGCUAGACAAAACUUUUUUCCCAACCAUGAAGAAGCGCAAGAGCGAAAGGUUCCAGCAGUACAAAUCUGUGUUAGAGGCUCAUGCUGUCCAAGUAUAUCCUAGUCCAGCAACCAUCUUUAUUUGGGCAAACUUCUCAGAGGUAUUUGCAAUCAGAAUUUAAAUCAAUAUUUAAAGCAGUAAUGUAUAUAUUUUUAAAAAAAUGUAAGUUAUCUCUCAAUAGUGGUUGCACAGUUGCUGAAAAUUACAUUUCAAGUGUGAAAUAGUAAUUAUACUGGAAAAAACAACAACUUUAGUUGAAGAGUUCUGUUAUUUCUGAAGUAAGUCAGGUCUGAGACUUGAUGCUGGUCAGUGCAUGUUGCUGUUGGGUGUUCUCGGCUCCUGCUGAACCACAGGACAGUAAGUGUGGCCAUCUUGCAGACCUUUAAAGCCAGUGUUCAGAAAUGCUUUCAGAUAUUGUUAAUGUUAGAGGACUAGAGCUAUUUAAUGGUUAUAAGGAUAAGAGAGGUUUGUCUUUAAUUUCAUUUAGCCUGUGUUCACUCAAGUGCUCUAGUUUUACACUGCUGCGUAUAACAAAUAGACUUUUAUUGCAUGAAUGAACAUUGGAGUUUUAUUUUUUCAUUGCGCUUUGCAUAUGCAAUUCUUUUACCCCCUAAUUCUUAAACACUAUACAUCACUAUAUGUUAGCAGAUUUGAUUAUGCAUAAUUAUUAUUUGUAUAUUUUUUUUUAUUUUCAACUAAAUUAUGACAAAUAUUUUUUUAAGUAAAAUAAUUUAAAUUUUAUUGUUGAUCUUUUAAAAUUAUUAUGACAUAGUUUUCCACAUAUAGCAAGACCAAACCUUACCACAUUAAAUUUUUGUCAAUGAAUAGUAUUUGCCAGAAAAAUCUUUCGAAGCAGAAAAAUUGCUGUUUGAUAAAUUCCUGGAAAGCCGUGUAUUUCUUCUACCUGGGCAGUCUUUUUAUGCUAAAGAGCCAGGAUGGUUUCGUGUGGUAUCAUCCCUCGAUGAAGAAGUCCACAAUGAAGGUUAUAUCAUGAUAAAUAAAUAUUAUGACAUUUAAACACUUUUUUUUGUACCCUAGUAUUAAAAUUUAAAAUUUGAAAUUGAAUAAAAAAUUUUAAAAUUGAAGUAGUAAUUUAAUUUAAGAAAUUAGUUUCUGUGUUUAUAUUUUUUUUAUAUAUGUACAUUAAUCACCAAAAAUGAAUUAAAAACCUUACAUAAUAUUUAAAAUUACUUUUGUUAAUCAUGUAAUAAAACUUGCUCAAUAUUGAUCCUUAAAUUACUUUACUUAAUCAUUACUGUUUAUUUAUUUCUUCCUGUGUUUGACCUCAGGUUUACAGAGGAUCAUUUCUGUGCUGCGAAGUAUACAGAAAUCCUAACAGUUUUUGUUUGCAGGUAAAAAGAAGUCCAAAUCUAGCUAUCAGGACUGUAUUUCAGACACAAACUAGUUUCGUUUAAUACAGAGAAUAUAAAAAUGCAUAAAGAAAAAAAAAUUACUUUCGAACAAACAUUUCUUGCAUAUUUAUUUUAAAAUCUUCACAACUCAUGUGCUGUACAAAUGUUAAAUUAAACAUGUAAAUUUUCACUAAAAUGUUUAAGCAUGGCACUACCUUCUAAUAAAAGUUGUAUUGAAAUGAACUUACUUUUUUGUCACAGAAAGUACUACUUCAUUCUUUUAAAUUAAAUAUUUAUUAUUAAACAAACCAGAGUGAUGCCUGUAUGUAAGUAAGGAAAGUAAAGGAAAUAUUUUUGUAUCAUAUAAUUUAAAUGAUUUUUUUUUUUUUUGGUCUUAUUAAUGUUUCUGUUGAAAUAUAAAUUAAACAUAUUGUUUUUAAAAUGAAAAUUUAUACUAUUAGUUUUUAAAGUGUGUCUUGUUUAACUUAGUUUAAGAUUAAUUUUGCUGUUGAAAUGUUAAUGAAACAUAUUUUUUAAAAGAAAUUUAUUAUUAAUUUUUAAAAUGUGUCUCGUUUAACUUAGUUGAGAAAGUGCUUAAAUUUAAAUGAUUUAUUUUUGCCUUAUUAAUUUUGAUGUUGAAAUAUAAAUUAAAACAUUUAUUUUUUCAAAAUG